AUGAGCGUCCGAGUCGUCGCCCGCAUCCGGCCCCUUCUCAAGUCGGAGAUCGAAAAGGACCAGAUCGUGACGAGCCAUAACGGUGCUGAUGGGAAGCCGACCAUUGUCAAGAUCCCCAACCCCAAGAACUUUGCCGAAGAGUACAGUUUUCAGUUCAACAGCGUCUACGAGCAAGAUGCCACGCAGCAAGAGAUCUUUGAUGCCGAGGUCGCACCCACGGUCAAACAUCUCUUCCUCGGAUACGAUGUCACCAUCUUCGCCUAUGGCUCUACAGGCACGGGGAAGACCCAUACAAUGCGCGGGGGGAAGUCACUAGCCGACCGAGGGAUGAUCCCGAGACUGCUGAGCAGUAUCUACAGAAAGAGUCGAGCGAUUGAAAAGAGCAACAAUGGAGAAACAACCGUCCAAGUGUGUAUGAGCUACUAUGAGAUCUACAACGAUCGCGUGUUCGAUCUUUUCGAGGCCCCCGAGAAGCGCACCGCCACGGGAUUGCCCAUAAGAGAAGCUGAAGGCGGGAAAACCGUUGUCGUUGGCCUGACCGAAAUGCCUUGCGCCUCGUUGAAGGACUUCGAGGGGUUGUAUGACAAAGCCAACGCCAAUCGAAGCACCGGCGCCACGAAGCUCAACGCUCAUUCAUCACGAUCGCAUGCCAUUCUCUGCGUGAAAGUGACCAUAACCACGCCGACGGAAACGAGAAUUAGCACAGCUUCGGCCAUUGAUUUGGCGGGUUCGGAGGACAACCGGAGGACGGGCAAUGGAAAGGACAGAAUGGUCGAGUCUGCCAGCAUCAACAAGUCGUUGUUUGUCCUGGCGCAGUGCGUCGAGGCCAUCAGCAAGAAACAGCACCGCAUCCCGUACCGAGAGUCGAAGAUGACGAGAAUCCUUUCGCUCGGACAAAACAAUGGCUUCACUGUUAUGAUUCUCAACCUUGCGCCUGUCAAAGCGUAUCAUCUCGACACGCUCAGCUCUCUGAACUUUGCCAACCGGACCAAGAAGAUUGAAGUCCGUGAGGUGGAGAACGAACCCAUCUUCAAGGGUCCUCCGCGACAGGUGCCUGGGGCACCCGUGGGCGGCCCGACGAUACAGCGACAACCACUGCGACCUCUGACCAGUGUAGUCAAUGUGAAUCUCACUGCCAAUCGUGAUACAGCCACAAAGAAUGACAAACCACCGAAAGCCUUUGCUGUCUACUCGGACCGCAACAAGACGUCCAUCAGUGCAAAAAUCGCUCCACAGAAGUCGUCUCCGCUGAAGCGCACGGCUGAUGUAUCAUUCCUUCCGUCUAGUCGUCCUCCCAAAAUCUCGCGCCCAACUCCGAGCUUCAUCCGGCGUGCCCCAGAAUGCCAACCUUUGGGUAUGGAUAAAUCCUCAAUCGAAACCUUGGUUGAGAAAAAGGUCUCCGAGAUUCUCGCGGCCCGUGCUCUCAACGCUCCCGACCCAGCGCCACAAAAGUCCAUAUCUGAAGAAGUCCAACGGCGGCUGGACAGCAUUGAGAAGAGACUGGAAGGGCAGGAUGGCGAGAGGGCAGAAGGGCUGAGUUACCUGUUCAUGGGCAAGCAGCAUCAAGCGCGCGGGGAGUUUGGGAGCGCGCUGAAGAUGUAUGAGCUUGCAAGACCGUAUUUCCCGGACAACGAGAAGUUGAAGGGCAAGAUUGAGCGGCUGCGAGAGAAAUUGGCAGCGAAAAUGAGGGAGCCGAGCGAGAUAGUGGUGGAUCCUGAGGAGAGAAUGACUGUGGCGAGCGGAUCUGACAAGACGAAGAUGUCCCGCACCAAUGAUGACGGUGACGAAAGUUACCAGGACGAGGAUAACGAGGGAUCAGCUUACCACGAAAGUGAUCAAGACGAAGCCUCUCAUCGGCCACGUCAGAAGAAACAGCCCAAGCAGCAGAAACGCAGAGCAAGAGCAUCGUCGCUGGACCCCCUCACACAACAAAUCUCAUCGGAAUUGCAGGACGCAGUGACGCCUCGAACACGAUACCUCCUCAGCGUUAUCAACACGCGCGAUAUCACGAAGAUCAAGACCCUAAAUGGACUCGGCGCCAAGCGUGCGGAGGGAAUCGUGGAAUAUCUCAAUGAGCAAGAGGAAGACGGGGCCGGAGAGGUGCUCGUACGAAGUUGGAAUGACCUGGCCAAGUUGAAGGGGAUUGGAAAGAAGACACUGGAGACGAUGAGGGAAGGCGUGCAGAUGGCCCUGUGA